UUGGGGAGGUAGCGUGCGCUUCCGGCGGAGACUGAGAGGCGGUUGUCGGCGGUGGGGACGCGUCAACCCGCGCUCCUCCGGGAAGAUGUUCUACCACAUCUCCCUGGAGCACGAGAUCCUGCUGCACCCGCGUUACUUCGGCCCCAACUUGCUCAAUACCGUGAAGCAGAAGCUUUUCACCGAGGUGGAGGGAACCUGCACCGGAAAGUAUGGCUUUGUAAUUGCUGUCACCACCAUUGACAACAUUGGUGCUGGUGUGAUCCAGCCAGGCCGAGGCUUUGUUCUUUAUCCAGUUAAGUACAAGGCCAUUGUUUUCCGGCCUUUUAAAGGUGAGGUUGUGGAUGCUGUGGUCACUCAGGUCAACAAGGUUGGACUCUUCACAGAAAUUGGGCCCAUGUCUUGCUUCAUUUCUCGACAUUCCAUCCCAUCAGAGAUGGAAUUUGAUCCUAACUCCAACCCACCCUGUUACAAGACAAUGGAUGAGGACAUUGUGAUUCAGCAGGAGGAUGACAUCCGCUUGAAGAUUGUGGGGACCCGUGUGGACAAGAAUGACAUUUUUGCCAUCGGCUCCUUGAUGGAUGAUUACUUGGGGCUUGUGAGCUGAACAUGGGAGGCUCCUACCAUGUGUCAUCUUGAUUUAGGAAAUGUUACUUUAAUACUUGCUGAGUGGUCUAGAGGUUCACUUUGGGUGCUGUUGGGGAGGCAAGGGAGGUUCUUUGUCCCUGAAGACAUGUGGUGCUUCUUCCAGCUUAGCUGCUACUUGACUGUGUUCUAACCAAAAAAGGUCCUUGGUUCUCAUGCAGGUGUCAUGUUCUUUCUUUGGGAGGAGCAACACUUUUUUAAAAAGUCCAUUAGGCCAAUAGCUCACUGGAUCUUUUCCUUGGCCUGAUGCUGCUACUAUCCUCAACCACCCAGGGGAUUUGAUAAACCCUUUUGCUAAGGUCUAAAGUUGACCUCAUAGUAGGCAAACUGAUAUUGGGUCAUUGACUUUCAGUAAAUGAAAACCAUCACUACAGCCGUUCUGAGUCCUAAUCUAGUACCAGGGUGUUUGCCUUUCCCUUGACCUUACACGUAUCCAAGAGUAUAACAGGGAAAGGAGAGAAGAGACAACAGAUAAGGACAGAUGAACAAGAGGAAAGUAAUAAUGCAGAUUAUGGGGUCCUAACACAUCUCUUUUAUUUUUUGUGGUACUAGGGAUUGAACCCAGAGGAACUGUACUACUGAGCUAUGUCACCAGCCCUUUUUAUUUUU